GCGUGCCCUCAUUGGUGCAGCUCACGCCAGCCGCACGGCCAUUGGCUGAGCAGAUGCACACUCCCCCCACACCCCUAGUCGGGGCGGGUGGUGCUGACUUGAGGGGCCACUUGGAGGAGGAUCUGGCGGGUGCGGGGGUCGGGGCAGGGACCGGAAUCUGGGUGACCGCGGGACCAAGAGGAACAGAGAGACGCAGGCCCAGGACUGGGGUACCAGGGCUGUGGGAUGGAGAUGGAGAACCAGAACCGGGGCUGAGGGAUCCAGGAAGAAUAGAAACCCAGGUCUGAGACUGGCAUUUGGAAAUCGGCAAAGGGCAGGGGGAGUGGAGGUCUGGGCCCGGGGGAACCGGAGACAAAGACUCCGGCUUAUGGAUUCGGGAGACCUAUGGAUAGAGACCCAGGCCCAGGUCUGGGGUACCUGGAGGGGCCGAGAGAAUGGAAACCACGCCAGAGACCUGAGGACCUAGGGACAGAGACUCAGACCCAGGACUGGGGAAGAUCUAGGGCUCUGUGCCUAAACCUGAUUUGAGGGGCCAGACCAGUAGCUGACCUGGAGCUGGGGCCCCAGGCCCAGGACUGCCCUGGACAGGGCCGAGGCCAUGGCCCCGCCGCCACCGGCCGCCAGCACGCCACUCCUGCAUGGCGAGUUUGGCUCCCACCCAGCCCGAGGCCCACGCUUCGCCCUCACUCUCACACCGCAGGCCCUGCACAUACAGCGGCUGCGACCGAAGCCUGAAGCCCGGCCCCGGGGCGGCCUGGUCCUGCUGGCUGAGGUCUCAGGCUGUUGUACCCUGCGGAGCCGCAGCCCCUCUGACUCGGCGGCCUACUUCUGUAUCUACACCUACCCAAGGGGCCGGCGCGGGGGCCGGCGCAGAGCCACACGCACCUUCCGGGCUGACGGGGCGGACACCUACGAGGAGAACCGGGCCGAGGCCCAGCGCUGGGCCACUGCCCUCACGUGUCUGCUCCGUGGGCUGCCGCUGCCUGGGGACGGGGAAAUCACCUCCCAUCUUCUGCCACGGCCACCCCGAUUGCUUCUGUUGGUCAACCCCUUUGGCGGGCGAGGCCUGGCUUGGCAGUGGUGUAAGAACCACGUGCUGCCCAUGAUCUCCGAAGCUGGGCUGUCCUUCAACCUCAUCCAGACAGAACGACACAACCAUGCUCGGGAGCUGGUCCAGGGACUGCGCCUGAGUGAGUGGGACGGCAUUGUCACAGUCUCCGGAGAUGGGCUGCUGUAUGAGGUGCUGAACGGACUCCUGGAUCGCCCCGACUGGGAAGACGCUGUGAAGACGCCCGUGGGCAUCCUCCCCUGUGGCUCAGGCAACGCACUGGCCGGAGCCGUGAACCAGCACGGGGGGUUUGAACCGGCCCUGGGCGUUGACCUGCUGCUCAAUUGCUCACUGCUGCUCUGCCGGGGCGGCUGCCGCCCGCUGGACCUGCUGUCUGUGACCCUGGCCUCGGGCUCCCGCUGCUUCUCCUUCCUGUCUGUGGCCUGGGGCUUCGUGUCAGACGUGGACAUCCACAGCGAGCGCUUCAGGGCCUUGGGCAGCGCCCGCUUCACACUGGGCACAGUGCUGGGCCUCGCCACACUGCACACCUACCGUGGACGCCUCUCCUACCUCCCUGCCACCACAGAGCCUGCCUCGCCCGCCCCUGCCCACGGCCUGCCCCGUGCCAAGUCAGAGCUGACCCUGGCCCCUGGCCCAGCUCCACCCGCGGCCCACUCACCCCUUCAUCGCUCCGUGUCCGACCUGCCCCUGCCCCUGCCGCAGCCCGCCCUGACCUCCCCAGGCUCCCCUGAACCACUGCCCGUCCUGUCCCUCAACGGUGGGGGCCCAGAGCUGGCAGGGGACUGGGCUGGGGCUGGAGAUGCUCCGCUGUCUCCAGACCCCCUGCUGCCCUCUCCCCCUGGCUCCCCCAAGUCAUCUCUACUUUCACCCAUCACCGAGGGGGCCCCAGAAAUGCCAGCAUCCUCGGGGCUCCUGCCUUCCAUCCCUGACGGCGACCCGGUAGCCAUCACUACGGGGGGUCCACCGGACCACCUGCUCCCUCCUCUGGGUGCUCCGCUACCCCCAGGCUGGGUGACACUGGAGGGGGACUUUGUGCUCAUGUUGGCUAUCUCACCCAGCCAUUUGGGGGCUGACCUGGUGGCAGCUCCCCACGCGCGCUUUGACGAUGGCCUGGUGCACCUGUGCUGGGUGCGGGGCGGCAUCUCCCGGGCUGCACUGCUGCGCCUUUUCCUGGCCAUGGAGCAGGGAAGCCACUUCAGCCUGGGCUGCCCGCACCUGGGCUACGCCACGGCUCACGCCUUUCGCCUUGAGCCACUUACACCUCGCGGAGUGCUUACUGUGGAUGGGGAGCGGGUGGAGUACGGCCCCCUGCAGGCGCAGGUGCAUCCAGGCCUUGGUACGCUGCUCACGGGGCCUCCUGGCCACCCUGGGCAGGACCCUUGAACCACACAAAACUUGGGAGACCGCUAC